GGACGGUUUCUGGGACCCACCACGUUUACCCGCAUGGUAUAAUAUUCAGCUCCGGAGAAAAGGAUCAACAGAAAAUCCAACACUCUCUUCUAAUUCAUCUCUCCUCUUCAGCCAUUCACCUUGGGUUGCCGUUUGAUGAUGGCCACGGAGGAUGGAGGAAAGAGAGGGUGUUCAUGCACCAAGAACGACUUUUUACCGGAAGAAUCUUUUCAGAGCUGGGGAAACUACUUUCGGGCACUAAAGGAGACGCCGUUACGUCUCAAAGAUCGAAUGCUCACCCGAUCACUCGACACUACCGAGCUUUUCGAAAUCAAGGCGAGGAGUCAACAUGAGAUGAAGAAAACCCUCACCUGGUGGGACCUCAUGUGGUUCGGUAUCGGUGCCGUUAUUGGAGCCGGUAUUUUCGUUCUCACCGGACUUGAAGCUCAAACCGUCGCCGGCCCCGCCGUCGUUUUGUCCUACGUUGUUUCGGGUAUCUCCGCUAUGCUUUCUGUCUUUUGUUACACCGAGUUCGCUGUGGAGAUUCCGGUCGCAGGCGGUUCAUUUGCAUAUUUGAGAAUAGAAUUGGGUGACUUUGUGGCUUUUGUUGCCGCCGGUAACAUUCUCCUUGAGUAUGUGAUAGGCGGCGCCGCCGUUGCCAGGGCUUGGACUUCUUACUUUGCCACCCUCUGCAACAAGCACCCAGAUGACUUCCGUAUUAUCGCUCACAGCCUCCCGGAUGACUAUGGCCACCUGGACCCCAUUGCUGUUGCUGUUGCAGCUGUUAUUUGCAUUUUAGCGGUUGUAAGCACCAAGGGCUCCUCACGCUUCAACUACGUUGCCUCUGUUUUCCAUGUUAUCGUUAUUCUCUUCAUCAUAAUUGCGGGCUUCAUAAACGCUGACCCCAAAAACUACAGCGACUUUGCUCCUUAUGGAGUCCGUGGUGUUUUCAAAGCUUCGGCUGUACUUUUCUUCGCUUAUGUUGGUUUUGAUGCGGUUUCAACCAUGGCCGAGGAGACAAAAAACCCGGCUAAAGAUAUCCCCAUUGGACUGGUUGGCUCCAUGGUGAUCACCAUUUCUGCCUACUGUUUGCUGGCGAUAGCACUGUGCAUGAUGCAACCUUACAAAAAAAUUGAUGUUGAUGCUCCAUUUUCUGUAGCAUUUCAAGCCGUCGGGUGGGACUGGGCCAAGUACGUGGUGGCAGCGGGUGCUCUGAAAGGUAUGACGACGGUUUUACUAGUUGGAGCCGUUGGUCAGGCUCGCUAUCUCACUCACAUUGCUCGAACCCACAUGAUGCCACCGUGGCUAGCUCAGGUUCAUGCAAAGACCGGCACCCCCAUCAAUGCUACCAUUGUUAUGCUCACUGCUACAGCCAUUAUCGCCUUCUUCACUAAGCUUGAUAUAUUGUCCGACCUUUUAUCGAUUUCCACGUUGUUCAUCUUCAUGCUUGUGGCAUUGGCUCUUCUUGUUCGCCGUUACUAUGUGAGUGGAGUAACAACUCCAGCCGAUCGGAACAAGCUCAUAAUAUGCCUUGUGCUUAUCCUAGGGUCUUCAAUCGCCGCCGCGGCUUAUUGGGGUUUAAGCAAAGACGGGUGGAUUGGUUAUGUUAUUACGGUACCGAUUUGGUUCUUGGGUACAGUGGGUCUUUGGCUGUUUGUUCCACAUGCUAGAGCUCCAAAACUUUGGGGUGUGCCUUUGGUGCCAUGGCUCCCAUCUGCAUCCAUUGCCAUAAACGUUUUCUUGCUGGGUUCAAUUGAUAAAGCAUCCUUUGAAAGGUUUGGUAUUUGGACUGCAAUUUUAAUGAUUUACUAUUUCUUCUUGGGAUUGCAUGCUUCAUAUGACAUAGCAAAGGCGUCGGGUGAGAGUAAUAAGAUUGGACAAGGAUGGAAGAAGGUUGAAGAGGGCGGCGCUGUCUCUUCCGCGACGGACUUGGCAGCAAAUCCUAUUGCUUAGAAGACUUGUUAAUGAGUCUGUGUAUGUAGUUGUGGGUCAAGCUUAUUUGGUUUUGUAGGGUUGGUCAUAUUACAAAUGUUUGCUUCUGUUUUCGAUUUAUAAAUCUAUAUAUAUUGUGAAGAA